GCCGCCUCGUUAAACAUACCAGAGCCGUGCUAUUCAGCGGUCACACCCUGUGCCUCCCUCACUUUUCUCGCUCGCUCACUUUCCAGCUCAUCUGUCUGCUUCACUGAGGCUCCAGCAUUCACUUGGUGAGGAGCAUUACAAAGCACGGGACGCAGGACGAUUGGAGCUGACGUCGAGACGAAAGUCUGAAGAUGUAUCUGCCAGUAUCUUUGCUGAUUUGUCUGUCAGUGGCCCAGCUGAGCACGGGACAACAGGCUGUGGAGGAAGUCAUCGUAGCAAGACGGGUUCCUCUCCUCGGUGGCUGGGCUCCAAUUAAUCCAGAGGCGCGUGAUCUUCAGAGCGCAGCUCAUUUUGCUGUGACUGAAUUCAACGCUAACUCCAAGAACGAGAAGAUGUUUAAACUGGUUUCGGUCAUUGUGGCUAAGCUUAAGGUGACCAAUGUGAUCCACUAUAAGUUCAGUGCUGUCCUGGGAAAAACUAAAUGCCUCAAGUCUGCACAGCGUGAUUUGGAAAGCUGCAAUCUUCAGCAACGGCAGCUGAAGUGCUGGUUUGAAGUGACCUUUGACCCCCGCAACGAUCAACAUGAGAUAUUGACCCAAAAGUGCAGGAGACUCCCUGAUAAAGAUUCAAAUAUUUAAUGAACUGGAUGCGUUUCUAUCUUCUCCGGCUUUGAUUGAUUUUCUAGCAACUGUUUCAUUAAAGGUGUUUGGAAAUAACA